CUGUUUCCUAAACCGGAUGUUGCUACUAGGACACGUCGCGAUUUGACAACUUUAAAAUGGAAUUAAGAUGACGACCAAAGUUUUUUCUUUGAGAUUUUUUUUUCUCUUGGGGUAAACAUUUUCUCAGUAAAUUAAAGGGGAACGGAAAGUUAAUUCAGUUCCAGCUUUAAUCGGCAAAGGACAAGACUUGAAAUGUUAGAUUCUACUCUCCUUGCAACAACUGAAUUUACUGAAUACUUAGAAAAGAUUGCUACCAUUCCAUAAGUUUUUGAGUCUAGGGUACCUCAUUAGAGGUGCUUGUGUGUAUAUGAAAAAAGUUGAACAAGAAUAUUUGCCAGUAUGGAUAAUCUAUAUCACCAAACAAACAAACUAGUCCAAGAGGUGUGGCAAAAUCUCAGUGCUCUGGAACGUGCUACUGACCAAAAUGUGCACAUCAUUGAGAAUGAUAUUCAAGCCCACAUUGAUAUGAUUACUAGUCAUUGUGAACGACUUGACUUAUUUGUCAACAAGGAACCAGUCAGCCGUCGAGCUGUAGCCAAGAUGAAAGUUGACCAGUUGAAAUAUGAUUGUCAGCAUCUGCAGACAGCCAUGAGGCAUUUACAACACAAACGUUACCGCCGAGAAGAAGAAGAACGUGAAAGGGAAGCACUGCUGUCACGCAAGUUCACCACCAAUGAUGACAACACCUCAAUUGAAAUUGACCAUGCACUUCGGCACAACACCCAACUGCAGAAUUCCCACCGUGGCAUUGAUGAUCUGCUUGGUGCUGGUACCAAUGUGCUGAGCAGCUUAAAAGAACAGAGUGUUACUCUGAAGGGAACACACAAGAAGAUCCUUGACAUUGCUAACAUGCUUGGAUUGUCAAACACUGUUAUGCGACUCAUUGAGAAGCGUACUUCUCAGGACAAAAUCAUUCUCUUUGUGGGCAUGCUGGUUACUUGUCUUAUUAUGUAUAUUGUUAUAGCCUAUCUAAUCUGAUCUCUCCCUACCAGUAUCUUUCUGUCCAUCAUUCCCUCUCUCUUCUCUUCAUCAUUCUCCAUCCCCCAUUCUUCUUUGUAGCUUCUUUGUUAAGUUGCUGUCUGGUCAGAAGCUGCACAUGUUCACUGCUAUGGCUAUAAUCAUAUCAAAUAACCUCAUAGUUUGCCUUAUCUAGUCUUCCCACUACAGCAGAGACAGUUUAAGACAGUUUAAAAAUAAACUCUGAAACCCCUAACUCCUAUUUUUGAUGGCAAUUUCUUUUCUUCCCUUCCCCUUCCUUCAAAAUAAUAUUCUACUGCUACUACCAUCACCACUACCAGAUAUUCUCUCAUGGUUGUUGUAGAGAUGAUUCUGACAAUAGAGCCAGCCAGCUUUGUGAUGUAUUACAUUUUCCUUAUUGCGAGCAGUUUUGAUUUAUGUUCAAACCCCAUUAGUAUUGACUUUGCUUCUCAUCAUAUUUGGAACAACAAUAUAAGUUUGACCUGUUUAGUCAAAUUACUCUUCCCUGUAUAUUUUACCUCAAGCAUAGCUUAAAAGUGACCAUCAUUGCUGUGCUAGAAUUCGUGCAGUGUCCUCAGGAAAGGUAUGAAUAAUACAACUUCCAAUUUUUCAUUCUUUCUAAAUUUUUAGGUUUCAUACCCAGUCAAGCAGUUAUUAUGGAUUAGCAGAAUCAUUAGCACAACAGACAAAUGCCUUGCACUCUAAAUUCAAACACCACUAAGGUUAACUUUGCCUUUCAUCAUUCCAUAAUCGAUUAAAUAAGUACUAGUCAAGUAGUGGUUGAUUUAAUCGACUGUUCCCUUUCCCAAAUUCUUGGCCUUAUGUCUAGGCUAGAAAUAUUAUUUUGUUAUGUAAAUUAUCAGUGAAUGGAACCAACAAGCCACGUUUAAUUCCCAGUUGAAACUAUUUCACUUUUAUCAUUAAUAUGCUUAGGAAAAGGCAUGCAUAUUAACAACCCUCCUCAAACACCCCUCCCUUUAAAUUUGUCAUCUUGUACCAAAGUUAUGUCAUUAUUACUACUUGACGAAAGUAAUAGUGAUGGAUUGAAUGUCUUGUAUUUGCUCAUGUUCCUUUGUGUUCUGAGUUCAAAUCCUGCUGAGGUUGACUUUGUCUUUCAACCUUCCAGGCUGCAAUAUAAUAAAUUACAAAAUGAGUUGAUUCAAUUGACAAUACCUCCCCUUUCCCCCAAAAGUGUGGCCCUGUUCUCAUGCUGGAAAAAAAUUAUUACUAUUUAAGAAACAUUUGCAAAGUAAUGAUUCUUUGUAACCCACAAAUUCCCAAAUGACUAAUUCUGUCCUCACCUCACUGACUUUCCAACAAAAUAAAACUGAAAAUGAAAAAAAAAAGAAUGAUAAAAAAUAAAUGAAUGAAUGAACUAAAAAUCAAAA